CAAUCACAGGCCCCCGCCCCAUUUCAGGCCCCGCCCCCUUCGCUUUGCGGCCGUUUCACGACGCGGGAGCGGGGGCAGGGCAGGAUGGACGCCCGUUUCACGCGCGGCAAGUCCCCGGUGCUGGAGCGGGCGCUGGGCCGGCCGCGCUCCGAGCUGUCCUUGGCCGCCUUCGCGCUGCUCUUCUCGGAGCUGGUGCAGUACUGCCAGCGCCGCGUGGCCUCGGUGGCCGAGCUGCAGGCCCGGCUGGCCCAGCUGGGCCACCACGUGGGGCUGCGGGCGCUGGACGCGCUGGUGGCGCGGGAGCGGCCGGGGCGGCGCGAGACCAAGGUGCUGGGGGUGCUGCUCUUUGUCAAGGGGCCGCUGUGGCGGGCGCUCUUCGGCCGCGAGGCCGACAAGCUGGAGCAGGCCAACGACGACGACAGGACCUUCUACGUGAUCGAGAGGGAGCCGCUGGUGAACACCUUCGUGUCGGUGCCGCGCGAGAACAGCUCCCUGAACUGCGCCGCCUUCGCCGCGGGGCUGCUCGAGGCCGUGCUGGGCGCCAGCGGCUUCCCCGCCCGCGUCAGCGCCCACUGGCACAAGGGCACCACCCUCAUGAUCAAGUUCGACGAGGCCGUGAUCGCGCGGGACAAGAGCCUGGAGGGGCGUUGAGGGGCGGCCGGCGCGGCCUCACGCUGCGGCCUCGCGUGGGACGAGGGCCGGGAGGGACAUUGGCAUCGUCGUCAUCAUCGUCAUUGUCAUCAUCAUCAUCAUCGUCAUCAUCAUCAUCAUCAUCAUCAUCACAUGAGACAAGGGUCUGGAGGGACAUCAUCAUCAUCAUCAUCAUCACAUGAGACAAGGGUCUGGAGGGACAUCAUCAUCGUCAUCGUCAUCGUCAUCAUCAUCACCAUGUGGGACAAGGGCCUGGAGGGACAUCAUCAUUGUCAUCACCACCACCAUCCUCCUCCUCCUCCAUGCCAAGGGCCGUGUGGGAGCCUCGUCGGUGGCAGAGCCCGGAGGGGCCCUGAGGGGUGUCCUGAUGUCCCUCCUGGCCCUGGGCCGUGUCCUCGCGCUCCAGGAGGGUCUGGAGGGAUGUCCUCAUGCGUGACAAGGACCGAGGGGGACAAGGGGCUGGAGGGACACGAGGGACAUCACAACAUCCACCCUGGCUUUGUCUUGUGUCCCUGUGUGGGACAAGGGCCGUGGGGACGGGGGGGGACCUGGCCUGGGUCCCUCCCCUGUGUCCCCUGUCCUCCCUGGUGGCCCUUGGGGACGUUGAAGCUGGUUCAGAUCCCUCCUAGUGUCCCUCAUCCCCCCUGGUGGCCCUUGGGGACUUUGAAACUGGUUCAGGUCCCCCCUCCGUGUCCCUCGUCCCUCCUGAUGACCCUUGGCCACUCCUGGGGACAUCAGGGCAGGUUUGUGUCCCUCUCCGCUGUCCCUUGUUCCUCUUGGUGGCCCCUGCCCACCCUUGGGAACACUGGAGGUGCUUUGGGGUCCUUCCUGAUGUCCCCAAGGGUGGCUGAGGGCCAUCAGAGCUGGGUUGUGUACCCCCCGUGUCCCUUGUGCCUCCUGGUGGCCCUUGGGGACAUCAGAGCCGGUUGGAUCCCUCUCCAGUGUCCCUUGUCCCUCCUGCUGUCCCUUGUCCUCCCUUGGGGACACUGGAGCCUGUCUGGGUCCCUCAGCCCUGUCCCUCGUCCCUCCUGGUGGCCUCUGCCCUCCCCUGGGGACACCGGGGUCCCCUCAUGUCCCCCCCACCCUUGGCCCUGCUGGUGUCCCCCAGCCACCCCUGGGGACACUGGGGCUGGUUUGUGUCCCUCAGCUCUGUCCUUGCCCCGGGGUGGCCCUUGGGGACACUCCUGGCACUAUAAACUGUCUCUUGUCCCUC